AUGGACAACAGGUUCGGAUAUGGUGUCACAUAUUCCAGAAAUAAAGACAGUGCUCCUGAAAACGCCGAAGAGUAAGAUUUGACUAAAAUAAUGUUUAUUAUUACUCACCGCCAAAUUCAUAAUGUUGAUUUAAUGAACGGUGUGGAUUUGUCAUAGAAACAAUAUGAUCGAAUUAUGUCUAUUUAUUUAUACUCUAUGCCCCUUAUCUCGUUGCUCGGACUACUUUUAUUGUUAAAUCAAAUCAAAUUAUGUAAAAAAAUUCAAAUUUUGAAAAAUGUUUAUUUAGAAUACGUAAUGGAAAAAUAUAAUAUAAGUCAUGAUUCAUAAUUCAUGGCUCGUGAAUAAUCUAAAUUGUAUGUGGAUUAUAAGUCGCUAGAUAUAUUAAAUUUAAAAUCUACUAAAAAAAGAUAAAAUAACCUAUACAUUUUGCGACAAGUUAAAUUCAAGUAAAAUCAUAGGGCUACCUACAAAUUCAGCUAUAUUGUGCAAUACUAAAAACAAUAUAAGAAACCCUAUUAAAACCAGCCAAAUAGUUAUAUGAGUCAAAAAUUAAAAACAAAUUUUUUUUCAACGAUUAGUUAGGAUAUUCUUCUUAGCUAAUUCACACACAACAUAAUAAAUUUGUUAUAAAUAAUUGUUUACUGGCAUUCUUUAGUAAUGGUAUUAAUACGGUCUCCAAACCAACAUUUUGUGCCUACUUGGAAACGAACUUGAAUAAUGAUACUUCAUAUAAGUUAUGCCAUAACGUGUUUGGCAACUUGUGGGGACAGAUCAGUGGCAAUGUCCUGGACAAUUGGACGAAGAACAAGAUUUCUGGAUCCAUUGAAUUAGCCAACGAUAAUUUAAACGUGCAGGUGUUGGCCAACAAGGCGACAGACACAUCAAAUGAGUUAAAUAUUAACUUUACGAAGCAGAUAUUUAGCUCCUAUUUAAUAGGCGGUCAAUGCAAGUUCAUAGCCAACAAAGAGUCACCAAUACCUAUGGUGCUUAAAGGUUAUGAAGGAAUGUUGGGGUACAGACAAGGUUAUAUGAGUUAUUCAGCCACUCUAAACCAGUCUCUUGCCUCAACCUUGCGGGCCGUAGCACGCUACAAUUCCAACUCAACUGCAUUAGAAAUAAAUUCUGAACAUGAGAAAAGAGAAAUAAAGUGCGUGCUAUCGCAACAGGCCGUCGUUACCAAAAAUAUAGAAGUCAAAGGUGAUAAUAUAAAUUAUUAUAAAGAAGCCGCUUCCCUUAGACGCAUUUAG